UGUAUGUCAAUAUGAGAAAUUGUCAAAUAAUGUGGCCAAAAUUAACGUGAAGUAAUAAUGUUCCAAAAUUAAAAGUCUUUCUAAAAAUGCCUCCCUCCAUCACCGUCGCUUUUAAGAAAAUAUUUGUUUAAUUGAUGGAGUGUUCCGGAAUAUGUCGCAUUUGUGGAAACAGCAUAGUUUGUAAAGAUGGAAACAUGUGCACACUUGGCGAACACCUCUUAAAAAACCACCCCGAAAUAUCCAUGACCCAUUUUGUUAUGGAAAAUUGUGAAGACGUAUCCAACAGUAAAACCAGUAACAAAAGUAAGCAAAACGUAAUUGUAAAAUCACGUCCAAACUAUAGAUUUUUUUCAGCAAGUGCAGUACUGAAAAAAACAUCCGAGCUUUUAAAAGGAUGCAAAACCAAUGGUAACAACAAAAGGAAUAAAAAUCUUUACAAAACAACUGUCGAGUCCUGGCGUCCCGGUUCUAAAUCGAUCCAAUGUCCCAAAUGUGGAAAUACCGACCAACCUUACAUAAGAAAACAGAGAAAUAAAGUUGCUUACAAUUCAUUGGGAGCAUUUUUCCUGUUAGGGUGUUGGCCAUUGUGUUUCUUACCAAUGUUGAUGUGCGGAGGCACAAAUACGAUUAUUUGUUGUCGAAAAUGUGGCUACUGCUUUGGGACUUAUGAUAAAAAGAAGGGAAAACUCAUUCCUUCCACAAAGGACGUCAAAGUGGAAACCCCAAAUGUUUGCUAGUCGAAUAUGAAAUAUUUGUUAAAC